CAACAAGUCCAUGGCCAUCGUUCGCAAUCGCCGCUAACAAAACCCUAUCGUCCUCUUCCCAAAUUGUCCUCAGCCCCUUGGUGUUUCUCGACGGGACCUGGCGAACGAGCUCGUCUCUCAACCCUCCAUACUCGCGCGGGUAAGCGCUGUCCGCACGCAGCAUUUCCAUUCCACCAGCAAUGCUUCUCCGACAGCGAGUCUCCAGGCCCGGCACGCCGGGCCACCUCUCGCGGGCCUUGCAAAGGGCACUUGUCCCAUCAGCUCCCGCAGGACUCUCGUCGAACGCCACGGGUCGCUCAGGCGGCAGGCUUGUCCCUACGUCUCAGAAUUCGAGGUCAAGUCCUCACGCUGCGACGAGAUCGCCAUUCUCCACAUCUGCGAUACUGUCCGACAAGAAGGGAAGAGGGUUCUUCGACAAUGCGAUCGAGCCCCUCUCAGAAGAGGAGGCCGAGGCGAACUUGAAGCAGAAGAGGGAGGAGAUACAAAAGGACAUCAGCGAGGCCAAAUCGUCGAGCGCCGACGGUCCUGCUGGCGGCGAAGGCAAACCAGACCCCGCAGAUGGUAGAGGCAGUGCCGCCGGCGGUGCAGCUGGAUCUGGAUCCGGAAGCGAUGGCUCGGGAGAUGGGGGACGCAAGGGACGCAAGUCAGAAAGAGCUUUACAGAAGCCAACGGUACCGGAAGUAUACCCUCAGGUCCUGGCGAUACCAAUCGCCAGGAGGCCACUCUUCCCCGGGUUCUACAAGGCGAUCACGAUUAAGGAUCCCAACGUGGCGGCAGCUGUCUCCGAAAUGAUCAAGCGGGGGCAACCUUACGUCGGCGCUUUUCUUUUCAAGGACGAGAACGCAGACGACGACGUCAUACACAACGCGGAUGAUGUGUACGAUACCGGCGUCUUUGCCCAGAUUACGAGUGCCUUCCCCGUCCAUGGAGAGCAGAAUAGCUUGACCGCCAUCCUAUAUCCACACCGACGUAUCAAGCUGUCAACCCUCAUCCCGCCCGGCCAAAGUGAGGCCAAGACGUCCGAAACCACCGAUACCCCUACCCCUACCCCAACUGCAAACGCGACACCGGAGCCAGAGCCAGAGGUGAUACCACAAGCAAAGCCUGCCGAGGAAGACGCGUCACCUGAAAAGAAGGGUGAUGUUGUGGCUAGCUUUGAAGAAAGCGCUGUCGCCUCCAAGGCAGACGGCAGCGCAGAGAAAUACGAGCCGACAUCGUUUUUGCGCAAGUACCCGGUCAGCCUGGUCAAUGUCGAGAAUUUGACCGACGAGCCAUACGACCCCAAGAGCCCAGUCAUCCGCGCCGUCACCAACGAGAUUGUCAAUGUUUUUAAGGAGGUUGCGCAGAUGAAUAGCCUAUUCAGGGACCAGAUAUCGACCUUCUCCAUGAGUCAAUCUACUGGCAACGUCACGGCCGAGCCAGCUAAGCUUGCCGACUUCGCCGCUGCUGUUAGUGCUGGAGAUUCGGCCGAACUGCAGGAGGUUCUCUCGAGCUUGAACGUUGAAGAGAGGAUGCAGAAGGCGCUGGUUGUUCUGAAGAAAGAACUCAUGAACGCGCAGUUGCAGUCCAAAAUCACAAAAGACGUGGAAAGCAAGAUAACUAAGAGGCAAAGGGAGUACUGGCUCAUGGAGCAGAUGAAGGGUAUCCGCCGCGAGUUGGGCAUCGAAUCCGACGGGAAGGACAAGCUGGUCGAAAGGUUCAAGGAAAAGGCCGACAAGUUGGCAAUGCCGGAGGCCGUGCGCAAGGUGUUUGACGACGAGAUUAACAAACUGGCACACCUCGAGCCAGCGGCGUCUGAAUUCAACGUGACAAGGAAUUAUCUGGAUUGGCUCACGCAGAUUCCAUGGGGUCAGAGGAGCGCUGAGAACUUCGAAAUCCAAAACGCAAUGACAGUGCUGGACGAGGAUCACUACGGGCUCAAGGAUGUCAAGGACCGCAUCCUCGAAUUCAUCGCAGUUGGCAAGCUGCGUGGCACAGUCGAAGGCAAGAUCCUCUGCUUCGUGGGUCCACCGGGUGUUGGCAAGACGAGUAUCGGCAAGUCCAUCGCCCGAGCACUGAAUCGCCAGUACUACAGAUUCAGCGUUGGUGGUCUCACAGACGUCGCUGAGAUCAAGGGUCACCGGAGAACCUAUGUUGGUGCACUCCCUGGUCGGGUUAUCCAGGCUCUCAAGAAGUGCCAGACCGAGAACCCUCUUAUCCUGAUCGAUGAGAUAGAUAAGAUUGGUCGUGGAUACCAGGGGGACCCUUCAUCAGCCCUGCUCGAGCUUUUGGACCCGGAGCAGAACAGCUCAUUCCUGGAUCACUACAUGGAUGUGCCGGUUGACCUGUCCAAGGUCCUCUUCGUAUGCACGGCGAACAUGACUGAUACCAUCCCCAGGCCUCUUCUCGAUCGUAUGGAAGUGAUCAGACUUUCUGGCUACGUAUCAGAUGAGAAAAUGGCCAUCGCAGAACGGUACCUCUCACCAGCUGCCAAGGAGCUGGCAGGCCUGAAAGAUGCCAACGUCAAGUUGUCUGACGAGGCCAUCGAAGAGCUCAUCAAAUCAUACUGCCGAGAAUCUGGUGUACGAAACCUGAAGAAGCAGAUUGAGAAGGUGUAUAGGAAGUCUGCACUGAAGAUUGUCCAGGACCUUGGUGAGGACGCGCUGCCCGAAGAGAAGGCCUUGACCGACGAGGGCAAGGCAGCGUUGGAAGAGUCAGAAAAGGAGAAGAAGACCGCCGAGACAGACCCUGCAUCAGCAGCCACGGCUUCGGAGAAGGAGACGACGGAGAAACCUCGCGUGGCACUGAAGGUACCAGACUCUGUUGAGGUCACGAUCAACAAGGACAAUCUGAAGGACUACGUCGGGCCACCAGUGUUCACCUCCGACCGGCUUUACGAUGUCACGCCCCCUGGUGUCACAAUGGGCCUGGCUUGGACGCAGAUGGGAGGUGCUGCGAUGUACGUCGAGUCCAUCCUGCAGUCGUCCCUGAAGCCCAAGUCCACUGGGGCGCUACAGAUCACCGGCAACCUGAAGACGGUGAUGAAGGAAUCGUCCACAAUCGCCUACUCGUUCGCGAAAUCAUUGAUGGCCAACAAAUUCCCUCAAAACCACUUCUUCGACCACGCCAAGGUCCAUGUGCACGUCCCGGAGGGCGCGGUGCAGAAGGAUGGGCCGUCUGCCGGUGUGACGAUGGCGACUUCUCUACUGUCACUUGCAUUUGAGACACCAGUGGACCCUACUGUGGCCAUGACGGGCGAGCUGACGCUCACCGGGAAGGUGCUGAGGAUAGGCGGGCUGAGGGAGAAGACGGUUGCUGCACGAAGAGCCGGAUGUAAGAUGAUCAUCUUUCCAGAAGACAACUUGUCAGAUUGGCUCGAACUUCCCGAGAACAUCAAAGAGGGCAUUGAAGGACGGCCAGCUAGCUGGUACAAUGAGAUCUUCGAUCUCAUCUUCCCGAAUCUCGAUCACGACAAGGCCAACACGGACAAGGCUUCUCAGUACAAGGGCCCAGACUCCAAUGAUGGCAGCAGCCAAAAGGAGGAGGGCAGCGAGAGCGAGUAGAGUCAUCGGGGGUAGUCACACCAUCACCGGGCACACCUUAUUCGGGCAGUUUGGCAUACCAUAUAAUUCUAGACCAUACAGGAUGAGCAUUACCGGCGUGCGGGCAUGAACUUCAGGCAUGACUUGGUUAUGCUUUGGGCAAUGGGGACAGCGGGCAGGCUGUCAGAGUUUAGAUGCAAAAAAGGGGGCCGAGUGACGAAUGCAAAUCUCCCCUCUACGCAUUGACUAUAGAUGUAUAUUACAACAGCGGCAGACGCCCAGGUCUUCUGUCGGGCAACAUUUCACUAGCCAUGUACCAAUAGUGCGGAAAGAAAUAAGAAGAAAAAAAGGAAAGACGGGUGACGUCCAGCUCGACAGGCACAAAGAACACUUGCCUCGAUCUGGGACAGCCCAGAGGGACGGAGACGCGUUGCACUGCGACGCCCAUUUUGUGUCCCCCCACCCUCCUCUGCUGCCUCUGACUCUAAGCCAGAACCAUCCGGAGCUGCAUGCCAGCUGAAGGCGACUGGACGACAAGGCCUCUGCGGCCUGUAGCCUUACCCGAGACCCAAUUACGCAGCGCACCGUUUUUACACAUACACAUGCACACACAUGCACACGGGUGGGCAGGUGGGAUGGGGAUGCAAAAGGGAGGGCGGACUGUUCCUCACCCAGGCUCAUUGGGUUCGCAGCUCUCGGG